AUGCUUUUGGCAAUGAGCGCCUGUGGCAGGAAGGCGCUGACCCUGCUCAGCAGCGUGUUCGCCGUCUGCGGCCUCGGCCUCCUGGGCAUCUCCGUCAGCACCGACUACUGGCUCUACCUGGAGGAGGGCAUCGUCCAGCCCCAAAACCAGACAGCCGAAAUCAAACUGUCGCUGCACUCAGGGCUCUGGAGGGUCUGCUUUCUGGCAGGUGAAGAGCGGGGCCGGUGCUUCACUAUCGAAUACGUCAUGCCCAUGAACAUCCAGCUGACGUCUGAAUCCACAGUCAACGUCCUGAAGAUGAUCCGCUCUGCCACCCCCUUCCCUCUGGUCAGCCUCUUCUUCAUGUUCAUCGGCUUCAUCCUGAGCAACAUCGGCCAUAUUCGGCCUCACAGGACCAUCCUUGCCUUCGUCUCGGGGAUAUUCUUCAUCCUGUCAGGUCUGUCCCUGGUGGUGGGGCUGGUCCUCUACAUAUCCAGCAUUAACGACGAGAUGCUGAACAGGACCAAGGACUCAGAAACAUUCUUCAAUUACAAAUACGGAUGGUCUUUUGCCUUCUCCGCCAUCUCAUUCAAAAUGCUCACGGAGAGCGCCGGGGUGAUGUCCGUUUACCUGUUCAUGAAGCGAUACACGGCCGAGGACAUCUACCGACCUCACCCCGGCUUCUACCGUCCCCGUCUGAGCAACUGCUCCGACUACUCGGGGCAGUUCUUGCACCCGGAUGCAUGGGCGCGGGGCCGCAGCCCUUCGGAUAUCUCCAGCGAGGCAUCCCUGCAGAUGAACAGUAACUACCCGGCUCUGCUCAAGUGCCCCGACUACGACCAGAUGUCCUCGUCCCCAUGCUGAGCCCCGCCACCCCUGCGCCCGC